UCCCGCGGCGUUUCAUUGUCAUUUCUCAUCCAUGGCGGCUUACCCAUUCGCCCAUGCCCAUCAGAGCUAUUCACUGUUCGAUUUGGAUCCAUCUCCUCCUCCUUCUCCUUCUCCUUCUCCAGCUUGGCUUCCUCGACCUCCAGAUUGGGAGCAGUUCUUAACGGGACCCAUAGGGAGAAUCCACGAUGUGUUCUUGAGUUUCAGAGGGGAAGACACGCGUGCUUCCUUCACUUCACAUCUCUAUGCCGCUCUUCAAAACGCAGGGGUCACAGUUUUCAGGGACGAUGAUUCCCUUCCAAGGGGAAAUCAAAUUUCCAUCUCACUGCUGCAAGCAAUUCAAGACUCUCAGAUUUCAGUUAUUGUUUUCUCAGAAAAUUAUGCGGAUUCGCGGUGGUGUAUGGAAGAGUUGGUGAAAAUAAUGGAAUGUCACACAACCAUAGGCCAGGUGGUUCUGCCGGUGUUCUACGGUGUCGAUCCCUCUCAAGUGCGGAGCCAAACCGGUGAGUUUGGUAAAAAAUUUCAGGAUCUUAUUAACAGAACUAUGUUGCAACUAGAUAAUCCGGUGCCCCGUUGGAGGGAGGCGCUUCGUGAGGCUGGUGGCAUUGCAGGGUUUGUAGUCUUGAAUUCCAGGAAUGAAAGUGAGGCUAUUGAGAAUAUUGUUGAAAAUGUUACACGUUUGCUUGACAAGACAGACUUGUUUAUUGCUGAUAAUCCAGUGGGAGUUGAAUCGCGAGUGCGAGAUAUAAUUCAACUGGUAGACAACCAAGAACCGAAUGGUGUUCUACUACUCGGGGUAUGGGGUAUGGGAGGAAUUGGCAAAACAACCAUUGCAAAAGCUACUUACAAUAAAAUUGGCCACAAUUUUGAGGGUAGGUGCUUCCUUGCAAAUAUUAGAGAAGUUGGGGAGCAAGAUGCUGGACUAGUGCAUUUACAAGAACAACUUCUGUUUGAUAUCUUCAAGAAAACAACCAAGAUGCAUAGCACUGAAUCAGGAAAAAAUAUAUUAAAGGAUAAACUUUACAGGAAAAGAGUACUUCUUGUACUUGACGAUGUAAAUAAAUUGGACCAAUUGAAUGCUUUGUGUGGAAGUCGUGAAUGGUUUGGUUCAGGGAGUAGAAUAAUCAUCACAACCAGAGAUCAGCAUAUACUGAGAAGGAGUAGAGUUGACCAAGUUUACAUAAUGAAAGAAAUGGAUGAAAGUGAAUCUAUUGAGCUUUUUAGUUGGCAUGCAUUCAAGCAAGCGAGUCCUAGAGAAGAUUUUUCUGAAAUUUCAAGAAACGUAGUUGAGUAUUCUGGGGGAUUGCCACUAGCUCUUGAAGUCCUUGGGUCCUAUUUGUUUGAUAGGGGUGUAACAGAAUGGAAGAGUGUAUUGGAGAAACUCAAAACAAUUCCUAAUGAUCAAGUACAGAAAAAGUUAAGAAUAAGCUAUGAUGGUUUAAAUGAUGAUAAAGAGAAAGAUAUAUUUCUUGACAUAGCAUGUUUCUUUAUUGGGAUGGACAGAAAUGAUGCUAUACAAAUAUUAAGUGGCUGCAAACUUUUUGCUGAAAUUGGAAUAAGUAUCCUUGUUGAGAGAAGUCUUGUAACUGUUGAUGAUAAGAACAAGCUUGGAAUGCAUGAUUUGCUGCGAGACAUGGGAAGAGAAAUCAUUCGUGAGGAAUCACCAAAGGAGCCUGAGAAGCGUAGCAGGUUAUGGUUUCAUGAGGAUGUGCUUGAUGUAUUAUCAGAUCAAACUGGAACAAAAGCAAUUGAAGGACUGGCUUUCAAGUUUCCAAGUAAUAAUACAAAAUGUUUCAGUAUUAAAGCAUUUAAGAAGAUGAAGGGACUCAGAUUGCUUCAACUUGCUGGUGUACAACUUGAAGGAGAUUUUAAAUAUCUUUCAAGAUAUCUGAGAUGGCUGUGUUGGCAUGGAUUUCCUUUAUCAUUCAUACCUAAAAGCUUUUGUCAAGGAAAUUUAGUUUCCAUCGAGUUAGUAAACAGCAAUGUCAAAUUUUUGUGGAAAGAGGCCCAGAGGAUGGAGAAGCUGAAAAUUCUGAAUCUGAGUCAUUCUCAGCAUUUGACAAAGACCCCGGACUUUUCAUGUAUGCCUAAUCUUGAAAAGCUUGUACUGAAAGAUUGUCCAAGUCUGUUAGAGGUUUCCCAUAGCAUUGGGCAUCUCAAUAAAGUUGUUCUUAUAAAUUUGAAAGACUGUAUUCGCCUACGUAACCUUCCAAGAAGCAUCUAUAAGUUGAAAUCUCUGAAAACCCUCAUUCUUUCUGGAUGCUUAAUGAUUGACAAGUUGGAAGAGGACGUGGAACAGAUGGAAUCUUUGACAACUCUGAUUGCCGACAAUACUGCAAUAACAAGAGUUCCCUUUUCAUUAGUAAGGUCAAAAAGCAUUGGAUAUAUUUCUUUGUGCGGCCAUGAAGGAUUCUCACGUGAUGUGUUUCCUUCUAUCAUUUGGUCUUGGAUGUCACCAACAAAUAACCUCUCAUCCUUAGUUCAAACAUAUACAGGCAUGUCAUCUCUUGUUUCUUUAAACGUAUCAAAUAGUAGUUCUGAGGGAGUAUCAUCUAUUCCCGUGGACCUUCCAAAGCUUCAAAGUCUGUGGAUAGAGUCUGGCUCAGAACUUCAACUUUCUCGAGAUGCGGAAAGAAUUUUGGAUGCCUUAUAUGCUACAAAUUCCUCUAAAAAUUUGCAAUUAACUGCAACUACAUCAAAAGUAUCAAAUAUGGAAACUACUGCGUUGAUGGAAUGCAGCUGUCAAGUGCAUGAUUCAGGAUCAAAAGGUUCCCUGAAAUUUCUUUUAUUUCAAAUGGGAAUGAAUUGUCUUGCCACCAGUAUUCUGAAAGAGAGCAUUUUACAGAAAAUGGCUGUGAGAGGAACUGGUGUUAGCUUGCUCCCCGGAGACAAUUAUCCAGACUGGUUAAACUUCAAUUGCGAAGGUUCUUCUGUAAUUUUUGAAGUCCCUGAAGUGAAUGGGCGUAGUUUGAAGUCAAUGAUGUGCGUUGUCCAUUCUUCUACCGCAGAUGACACAACAUCAGAUGGCCUUAAAAAUGUGUUGGUGAUAAAUUGCACAAAGAACACCAUUCAGCUAUAUAAGAGGAAUGCAUUAGCCUCCUUUGAAGAUGAAGAGUGGCAGAGAGUGGUAUCAAAUAUUGAACCUGGUAACAAAGUAAAGGUGGUAGUUGUUUUUGAGAACCGAUUCACUGUGAAGAAGACAACAAUUUAUCUUAUAUAUGUUGAACCAAUUGAGGAGAAAAUGGAAUAUUGCAAUGCACCAUGUAAGAAUGAGAUUGUUUCUAGUGGUAAUGAAAUUGAAUCAGAUGUUUGGAGGAGCUCUGCUCACGUGGAAUCAAAGGAUGACUGCAAACAAAAGCAGAAAAGAAGAAAAAUUGAAUAAUGGUGAAAGAAUGGUUCGAUAUAAAGUAAUUUUUAUGGUGCCUGGAAAUGUCAUAUUGGUGCUUGCUGAUUGUGGUGUUUGAUCAUUUGUUUGUUAUGAAAGCAGCAACUCUCGCACCUGAACUUCAUGCGUUCAUUUUUCUGUUAGCAACAAUUUUCCAGCACAUCUCCUCAAUAAGAACACUCGUUUUUCUUCAUAUAGGAUAUUACAUUAGCAAUUGAUGCAAUAUGUUUAUCAGCGCUAUAAUAGAAGGGAUUUGGAUCUGUGUCCCGCUGGAAAAGCCAUUUUUCAGCUUUUCAGAACCAACCAAACAAGUGAUUUGCUGUUUAUGUUUAAGUUCUGGGUAGAAGUUAAAUAGAGAUAAAACCAGAAUAUUUUUCUCUAAAGAUGUCCACCACAAUGCCAGGGAUCAACUGAGUUCUCUCUUUGGAUUUCUAAGAACAAGCCAUUUUGGAAAAAGCCUUGGGGUCCCUCUCUACCAUAAGAGCGUCUCUAAACACACUUACCAAUUUGUUCUUGACAAGAUUAACCAAAGACUAUCUUAGUGGAAGACCUCUAAUUUAUCCUUUGCAGGAACAUGUGAUGCAGACCUCUUUACUGCAUUUAGCGAUUUGUAACAGCCUUGACAAGAGAUGCAGAGAUUUUGUAUGGGGGGAUCUGUCAGGAAACAGGAAGGUUCACCUAUUAGCCUGGGAUAAGUUUACUAUCUUACCUUAUUAGGUGGUCUUGGUCUAAGGCUCUCCCUUUCUGCUAAUAAAGCCUUUAUGAUGAAUAUGUUCUGGGUGAAAGUAAUUACAUCCAAGUAUAAAUGUGGAGAUGGUCACCAGGUGUCUUAAACAAGGGUAGAAAUCCUUCAAAUUUGUGGAAGGGGAUGUGUCAAAACUAGGAUCAGGUUAAAAAGAAGAGCUGUUGGUGUAUUGGUAAUGGUUGUCUAGCUAGGUUCUGGUUGGACCACCGGCUUCCUGCUUUUCAGUCUUAUGCUACUAAGACCCUGUCAGAUUUUGAGACAGAGCAAAAGUGCUGCAGUUUUGUGAAUAACGUGGGUGUUUGGGACGUCCAGAAACUGAGGUCUUUCCUUCCUAGAACUAUCAGAGAGUAGAUCCUAGCUGCCAUGCCCCCUAAUUCUGAGAAUGGUAAUGAUGCUUUGGCCUGGAGUGGUUCCCCUGAUGGUUUUUUCUCCAUUAAAUCAACAUAUCAGUCUUGCAUCCAAGAGAAUGGCUCGAAUCAUAACAGCAAGUUGUCUAAGGCUGUUUCGUCGUGGAAAGGUCCCCAAAGAGUCAAGGUCCUCUUGUGGAAAGCUGUCAGCAACAUUUUGUUAACAAAUGAGCAAAGGUUUUACAGGCAUUUCUCAGAUUCUGAUGCCUGCCUGAGAUGCACUGAGAGAACUGAAUGCAUUACCUGUGUGCUUCGAGACUGCGCCCUGGCUGUAGAGGUAUGGUUGAAGUUUAUUGCUCAAUGCCUUCUUAGUAAAUUCUUCACUGAUGGGAGAGAGGAUUGGUUGUUGGAGACCCUGUUAAACCAAAGGAGGUACAAUUUUCCUGUGCCUUGGAAUAUUAUCUUUGGUGUUACCUUGGAUAAACUCUGGCAGGCCAGGAUUUCAAUAAUGAUUUGAUUUCUAGUAUUUGAGAUUGAGAUGCUUCCUGUUACUUUACUGUUUUGUGUGAAGAGGUGGGAUGAAGAAAAUAAAUCAAUCUUUCUAUGAAAGAUGGCUUGAUGCGUAUCGGCAGGGCUUUUAUUCCAAGUACUUCAAAUUUAUAAAAGUCAUUGGACAAGUUUGCAAAACAAAGACGACAAUAAACUGAUCGAACACAAUGGUGUUGAAAGCCUUUCUGGUUCGAUCUGGCUGGUUAUCUUAAUUGAGUCUCGCUUCUUUUCUAACCAGCAAAGGAGCUUUAAACCUAUUUUAAGGGAAAUGUCCACUGAGAGCAUUCAAGGUUCCAAUAAUCAAGUAGAAAGUGAUGAACUCCCUCAGCCUCAAGUGAUGUACACAGCUCUGCAACUUGCCCGAUCGAUGGUUGUAGGAGAGUGAGACAUACAACGAAAGCCCUUGUAUUUUCAUCACUACAUGAUCUAGAGAUCAAAGCAAGACAAUUCCCAAAGGAGAUCACUUCAAGUCUUCUAUCCACUACAGGUGUCAGGACGUCGUCUGGCAGUCCUGCAAAAAGGCGCUUUGCCUGCUUGAGCAAUGAAGCUUUGCUUAGAGCUCGGUUUCUUCUCAUUUGUGUUUGAAACCAAAUGAUUCAUAUCUUCAUCUGGUUGUGCAGAUUUGUAAGGGUCUGGCUCGCUCAGUUGUUUAAUAUCAUCAUCAUUUUAACUGUAAACAAAAAUUAUUUAUUAAAUUUAAUUUCAUAAAGAAUCGAAGUCUAAAUUAACAUGCCAGAAAUUAAAUUUAGGUAAUUUAUCUAAAAGAUUGAUGGAUAACUUGUUUGAAGUUCGUGAAAUGGCAGAGAGCUUGUUAAGUUUCUAACUGAAAUCAUUUGAAGUUCGUGAAAUGGAAGCUGAGGCACACUUUCUGGUUAUUACUGCAAUUUAAAAACUUAUCUUUUAAAACUUUUGGUUCACAUUUAUGCUAAACUCUAUUAUGACCCCCCAAUA